UGGUUAAAUUAAAAUAGCGGGUAUAUGGUUGGGGUUAAGAAUUAAAGGGAGCGAAAUGGAAAUGGCUGGUUGGGCAUCUCUUCCAUCCAAUAAUAAUCCCAAGCUAAUAGCCACAUGGGGUCCCACAACCAGCCACCUCAUCACCAACGCCGCCGCUCUCCGCCUCGGCGAUUUCCUCCACCGCCGUCUUCAAUUCUCUAUCAAGCACAUUUAUUGUCAUGUUCAUGGGCCUAAAUUGAAGGAUGCAUGGCAUAAGUGGACCCUUCAUGUUACUGGAUUCAAUAUCCUUCAAUGGUCACAGGAUGUCUUCUCUGCCCAAGACAUGAGCUUAUUGUUCUUCAAUGCUGAUGAAAGUAGAAGGAAAUUCAAAAAAAUUCAGAAGUCGUACUCAAACUCAUCUAGAUCAUUCUUUUCUAGUGAAAGAAAAUGGACCAACAUAUUCCUUGCACUUAACAUAUUGAUAUAUAUUGGACAAGUUGCAACAGACGGCAAGCUUUUAUUUUGGGGAGCUAAGAUUAACAGUCUUAUUGAUAAAGGGCAACUGUGGAGGCUGAUUACUUCGUCAUUCUUGCAUACAAAUAUAGUGCAUCUCAUGGUUAAUUGCUAUUCCUUGAAUUCUGUUGGGCCUGGUGUUGAAAAAGUUAGUGGCCCUAGAAGAUAUGUUGCUCUGUACUUGACGUCGGCAGUUGCAAGUUCAGCUAUGAGUUACUGGCUUAGUAAGGCACCUGCAGUUGGUGCCUCAGGAGCAAUUUUUGGAUUGGUUGGUUCUUUUGCAGUGUUCAUUUUGAGGCAUAGAGGCAUGGUCAAAGGCACUGAGGGGGAUCUUCGAUACAUAGCAAAUGUGAUUAUUCUAAAUAUGGCUAUUGGACUAUUGAGCAAAGGGAUCGACAACUGGGGACAUCUUGGAGGUUUAAUGGGUGGAGCUGUAACAUCAUGGCUUCUUGGCCCAGCGUGGAAGAUUCAAUCCAUCUCCAGUGAAGGACGACGAGUUUUUGCUGACACGGCGCCAAUUUUCUCUCUCAUUCGAACUAAAAGGGACAAGUCAUAAUCCCUACCAUUGAACUGCUAUUGUGCCAGCUGACGUGACUCAAGCCUUGAGCACCAGCAGUUUUACUGAUUUUCCCAAUACAUACGACAACUGUGGACGGCAUUUAUAUAUUCAUACACUAAUGGAGUUGUGGAUGAUUAAUGAUCCAGUUCACAGCUCUGUGCUCUAUACAGUUUGCCUUUGUGUACAGGAAUAUGUGACCAGAAAAAAUGUUAGGAGCAAAUUGGAGGUCAUACAUCCCUUUCAUUAACUGCAGAUGGUGGCCUGUUAUGCGGCUGUAUUGCACCUCAGUUUAUCUGUCAUUACUUGGGUUUUCAGGCAUGUCAAUAGGUUCUUGGUAAUCUGAUUUAGGCGCUGUUGGUGUGUAUCUAAUGUACGCUUUAGUUUAUGCUCGUCUGGUCCAUUUGUACAAUAUUCCAGUUAAUAAAUGUUCAAUGUUUUGUUGA